AGUGAAUGUCUUCGAAACAUGGCUGAAAAGAAGAGAACGCACGUGGAAAUAUCAGUGGAGGAAAAGCUUCUAAUUGUUAAAGGCUAUGUAAAGAACAGAUGCAACUGGCCUUCUGUGUACGCAGACGUUAAACAGGCCAUAGACAGACUACCCGAUAAAUGUCAAGCCCUCUACAAAGAUGGACCUUUUGAAAAAGUUAAAAGAAGAAUGUCGGAUCAGAUAACCAAAUUGUCAUCAAAAGACCCAUUAUCUAUACAAAACGAAGAAAUCAGACAGCUUAUAGCCGAAAUUAGGACUAACGAUAGGAGAUAUACCAAAAAAGGCCACUCAAACGAAAAGAAACUUAAAGCAAAACAUCAAAAGAAAGGUAAUGGUGAGCUUGUAGCUUAUCAUAGAAAAAUUGCGAUUCCAAUAGAUGAUGAGAUAGAUGUUGUGCCAAAUGAUCAGGCGGGGGUGAAUCAUAAUCAGGUGGUGGUUGAUCAGGAACAGGCAGUGGUUAAUCGUGAUCAGGCGGUGAUGAAUCAUGAUCAGGUUGUGGUGAAUAAUGAUCAGGCGGUGAUAAAUAAUGAUCAGGCAGUGGUGAAUCAGGAACAGGCAGUGGUUAAUCGUGAUCAGGCGGUGGUGAAUCAUGAUCAGGCUGUGGUGAAUCAUGACCAAGUGGUGAUGAAUAACGACCAGGUGAAUAAUGACCAAGUGGUGGUGAAUUACGACCAGGUGAAUAAUGAUCAGGAGUUGGCGAAUAAUGACCAGGCGGGGUUGAAUAACGAUCAGGUGGUGAAAGACGAUCACGAUAACGGCCCAACCCCACCAAAGAGAAAACCUAUAUCAGAACUUGCAAGAGAUGCAUAUGAAAAAUACAUUACUAUACAAGAACGUGUACCUCAAUUUGAGGAUAAAAUGUCAAAGUGUUAUUUUAAAGGGAUAACAAGAUUCUUUCGGAAAGUAUGA